UUUACUUCAAUAGCUACCUUAUGGUACUUUCGAAGCAUAUUUUAAUAUUUGAAGAUGUUUAAAAUUAUUGUGAUUCUAUCAAUAGUAUGCCUGAGCAGCGCCCUGGUUAAUCAAGAUCUUAUAAUUCGCAAAAAUGGCCGAAAGGAUGAAGUUGCCAUGUACACCAUUGAAGGGGUUAUACUGAAACCCGAUAGAAGUCUGAAUCUGCCACAGACUUGGCUGCGUGAUAUAACACUGUCGAUCAACAAUGGAGAGAUCAAGGGAUUCGUGCGAUUGGAUGGACGUUUUUUGCUGUCUGGAGUGCAGAAUGGGAGUCAUGUCCUAGAGGUUCAACACCCGGAUAUAUACUUUCAACAGGUGAGGGUGGAGAUAACCGGAAAGGGAAAGUACCGGGCCCGCAAGGUUAACUACAUUCAGCCAUCGCUUAUCAACCAAGUACCGUAUCCACUGCGUCUGCAGCCCCUCGCCCGCCGAAAUUAUUUCAAAAGUCGGGAGCAAUGGCGUAUUCUCGAUGUCAUUCUAAAUCCCAUGGUUCUCCUCAUGGUGAUGCCGUUCCUAUUAAUGCUGGCUUUUUCCAUACUUAUCAAAGAUCCGGAGACGAAGAGGGAGCUCGAUAGCAUUCAGUUUCCAAAAAUGAGCGACAUGCCGGACUUCACCGGCGCCUUAUCAUCUAUUCUUUCGGGCAAAAAGAGCUUUGAGGCAGAAGAAAAGAUAGUCGCAGAGAAGGUCCCCAACAAAAAACAAUUAAAAUGAUUUCCCAAUAUUAACUUUUGAUAUUUCAUAU